CCUUGGCCUUGUUGCUCUUGGCAUUCAUCUCUACGAUUCCUUUGCUUACGUGGUGCUUGGCUCUGUUCACUUUUUCAGUCUGGAUCUCUGGAAGAUUUUGACCACAAAUCACACUGCAGGGCACUUCCAGACACACUGGACUGAUGAAGGGCAUAACACAAAUCCAAGGACUUCCCUUUCUUCACACCUUCAGGAUUAUCAAAACCUGAGCAGCUUCCAGCUUUCUAUACGGUCCAGGGGCCUGGAAUCUCCUGAGGGUAAUUACAAGUUCCUUCAGUUUAUUUUUCCAGAAGGAGGUAUGGACUGAAUUCUUCAGGCUUUUCAGAUGAUCCAGGGUUGGGAAUGCUGAUUGAAUCCAAUGAGGGUAAAGGCAUAGCGAGUUCUGCUGCUGGGAGCUACACUUACGACAACGACAAUGUUGUGGGAUUUCACCAGAGCCAUCUAUUUAAGUCUUCUUGGGGCACUGGUCACUGCAGACUCACUCUGCAUCCAUCUGGAGGAACUUCACAACAAGCUGCAGUACAGACAAAGGGUCAAGUACACGAAAGAUUACUUUCCGAUUAACUACUCCGUACAAGUUCACUAUGAAGAUAUAUACCGAACGAUAAAUGUUACUCGGAUGAGGAACAAAGGUUUUAAUGAAGUUGACCUGAAGCUGUUAUGGAUUUACAUCAAUUCUCAAGUGUUGGAGACAAUUCUUGAAGUUCUUCCAAAAAGACACCCAUCUCGAACUUAUGUGGAGGACAUUGCUAUGCUGCUAACUUACCUGAGGAUGGGUGUGGAAGAAAUGAUUGAAGACAUUGAGGACAAGCGGGUGGAGAAAAUACUCUAUCAAGUCAGCGACAUGGACCUGAAAAGCAGGAAACGGCGAAUUCGGCCCAAGGCCUUGUUUGAUAACUGCUACCGAGUAUUGAAACAGAUCUUCCAUUGCAACUGGGUUCCGUGACAGAGCCACCCAACUCCUGCAUCGUCGCCGUCAGGAAGAAAGGCACCUGCUCUGCCAGGCUUUAUACUCCCUCGUUGACAUCAGAAGCAUCUGAGACAGUUACGCCUGCUGUCACCCGAGUACUCAUGGAGAUGCAGGACUGGGUUGUGUUUGGCGGAAGGGUCAUGAUGGACUCACUGACGAAGAUCUGUGGACAGUGACCAAUUUGCUAACUUUCCCUUACCCCCAUCCGCAUCCCCGUUCCAGUGUCCCUUUUGGCUUCUGUUCCUUUUGUAAGUAUUUGAUCUGGUCAAGUUCUUUUGCAGCUCUCUGUCCAUACACUGUAAACACUAAGUUUGAUAGCUUCACCCUCUACCUGCCCUGCCAACUAUUCACAAAAUUCUCCCGUGAUUCAGAAUACCAGUAAGCCCAAUUCAAUAUCAUGACUAGAAUGAUCAUAGUGCCUGGUCAAAGCAGGAAGCCGGGAAACUGGAACUCUCUCAAGGAGUGAUGUUAAUGGUUAAUUUAGACUUGAAAAGCUGGCUAGAACAGCAGAGGAGACUGGUACCUUACUAAUUAGUGAGAAGAGAUCGGUCUGUCCCUUCAGAUACUGGGAGAAAUCACAUGGCGGAGAAGAUUGAAACAAGUAAAUCAGAGACUUCCUCGUUGUUACCCAGCACGGACAUGAGUUACCGCAACAGCCAACCUAUUGCGAGGGGCUUCAUUAGGAAACUGAUUUUAACGACAGAGCCACAACUAUUUGUUGUAUCCACUUCUAUAAUCCACACUGGUGUCAGAAGCAGAAAGAUAUUGUCUGCACAUCUCACUGCCCAAUAAAAUGAUGAUUGGUAUAUUCCUCCUGCCUACAGUUGGUGAUCAGAUGAUGUACUGGAUAAUAUAUGUCUGAAUGCUUCUAGUGUCUCCCAUCCUGUCAAUGUUCUGACUCUGGGCUGUUUGCCAGUCCAACAUGUGUACUUAUUACAUCCAAAUAUAAAUAAAAUACUAUAUUCUAUUGUGGGGAAGUAACAAAGGUUGAAACUCACCUUCCCGCCAAAUACAUCCUUGCACACUAAUCCCACACUUUAAAAAUGUCUUCAUCGGACAGGCUGCAGCAACUGAAGGUGAUUACUGCUUCUGCUCGAGGGCAUCUAGGGUGGGUAAUCAUUGCUGGUCUUGUUGACAAUUCAGAUUAGUUUAUUGCCACAUACGCAAGGAUGCAAUGGAACUCCUAGACACACAUUUAAUGAAGAUUGUUCACAAGUGUACAACUACAAGUAGCACUGGUAGAUACCUGAGCAAUGUUGGUAACUGUGAGAUUAAUGACUAGCUUCUGCCUUUUUAAAAAAGGAUUUAUUAACAUUUUUACAUUAUUUAUAUAAUUUUCAAAUAUAUAUUUACAAAUAUAUAUCUAUUUAAAAUAUUGCCAUCCUGUUGAGGAUUCUCUCCAGCUUCUGCAGUGCCAACUGUUGCAGAUGACCUCUUGAAGGCCGUUGACCGCCCUGACUAAAGUCAAAGUCAAGUUUAUUGUAAAAAGCACCCAUAGGUGUAUUUGGAAGUACAAUUUUUAAAAAAACAUACUUGCAUCAGCAUCACAGGCAUAUAGCAUCAUAUCGACACGGUUUAACAAGAAAAACAUAAAUUAUACAAAAAAACACAACUAGAUCAAGUCUUAUUGCCAUAUACAUGUACAGUAAUACAGUAUAUUGGGAAGUUAGUAUGGUGUGUUAGCACAACCUGCAACAGGAAAACAACAACAUUCAACAAUUGUAAAGAUUAAAGAAUUGUAUAAAAGAUAAAGUUAAAGUAAGUUCUUCACAGUGAGUAGUAGGUGUGGGGGAUGUGCUACCAUCCGUCUUGGGAGAGGCAGAUACAUUAGGCAUUUAAGAAACUCUCAAGCACAUGGAUGAUAGAAAAAUGGAGGGCUAUGUAGGAGGGAAAGGUUAGACUGAUCUUAGAAUAGGCUCGACAUUGUGGGCCGAAGGGCCUGUACUGUGCUGUAGUGUUCUCUGUUGCGGAUGGCAUGUAAACAAAAGAUUUUCACAUGCAUCUUGGUCCAUGUGACAAUAAUCUAAUCCAAUCCAAUCUGUAUUUCUCAGGUAAAUGAGGGAUAGAAACAUAGAAAACCUACAGCACAAUACAGGCCCUUCGGCCCACAAAGCUGUGCCGAACAUGUCCCUACCUUAGAAAUUACCCGGGGUUACCAUAGCCCUCUAUUCUCCUGAGUCUUACUUCAGUGGUUGGCAAGUUGAUGGAGGAGAUCUUGAGAGGCAGGAUUUAUGAGCAUUUGGAGAGGCACAAUAUGAUUAGGAGUAGUUGUCAGAUUUAUUUGACUUGAGUUGCCGUGCAUACAGCAGAUUCAAUGUAUCACAGGUUCAGAAUCGUUUUCUUGUUUGGAGAGAUAAAAUUCUGUGGAAAUUCCUAGGGGAAGCUGCUGAGAGAGCUGAACAUCUGCAAAGGUAUUGGGAUAAGGUCCAGUGUAGCCUCUGGGCAGGAGAUUGCUGGAAGGGCCUAUACUGUGCUGUAAUAUUCUACAUUUUCUUAAAGUCCAUUGUAAUGCAAAGUGGUCACAGUGUUGUUCUACUGAGGUAGUGACUAGGGUUGAACAGGUAUGUUCAAGAACUGAAUGGUUGAAAAGAAGUAGCUGUUCUUGAAUCUAGUAGUGUGGGACUUCAUGCUUCUGUACCUCCUGCCCAAUGGUAGCCAUGAGAAGAUGACAUGGCCCCAAUAGUGGGAGCCUUUGAUGAUGGAUGUUCACCUUUCAAGGCAGUGCCUCCUGUGGAUGCUACUGAUGGUGGGGAGAGAUGUGCCCUUCCUCCCUGCAGCUCCUGACAUUCCUGCAGAUUUGAGUUGCCUUACCAGACCGUGAUGCAACCAGUCAGGAUACUUUGAACAGUAUACCUGUAGAAAUCAGUCAGGGUGUUCGGUGACAAGCUGAACAUCCAUAGCCAUCUAAGAAACUAAAUCUGGGUACCUUCCUUGUGAUUGCAUCUUUGUACUGGGCCCAAGGCAUAGAUGCAAUCACAUCAAUAAUACCCAGGAAUAUAAAGGUGCUGACCCUCUCUACUGCGGAUUUACCAGUGUAGACUAGAACACGUUCACCCACUUUUCCUGUAGCAUCCAUCACUAAGGGAAGUCAGUGGCAACACAACCUCUGACACAAUUUACCUAGGGAGGCCCAAGAAAAUGUUAAUGUUUAAGUAAUAUGUGGUACGUCUUUGGGUUGUCCAUGUAUUUCCUUCUCAUACAGCUACGAGGCAGGAAAUGCACAAGUGGUUUGUACUGACCCAGAGAAUUUGUGGCUGAAUCAUUCAGGCAAAUUGGAACUUCAAUUGCUUUUUUUCCUCUCUUUCCAAUUUAUUUAUUUAUUUAUUUAUUUGUUUAUUUAUUGAUUGAUUUAGAGCUCAGCACAGUAAUAAGCCCUUCCAGUCCAACAAACUUGCACAGUCCAUUUGCAUCCAUAUGACCAAUUAACCUACUAACCGGUAUGUCGUUGGAGUGGGGAAGGAAACCCAUGUGGCAAAGGUGAAAGAAAUUGAACCCAGAUUGCUGGCACUGUGUUGCCGUGCCACUCCUUAAUGGAUUCAUUUUCCUUGAACUCUUGAUGUGCAGAUUAGACUGAGAGCGCAGAUUCUCAGUUUCUCAGCUGCUACUCGAAGACCAUAAGUCACAGGAGCAUAAUUAGGCCAUUCAGCCCAUAAAACCUGGCUGAUUGAUUAUUCCUCUCAAUCCCAUUCUCCAGCCUUCUCACUGUCCUCACUGGCCAAAAAACCUAUCAAGCUCUGCUUUGCUGUAAGUAUACCCAAUGAUUUGGUUCCACAGCCAUCCUUGGUAAUGAAUUCCACGGAUGCACUACCCUUUGGCUGAAGAAAUUUUUCCUUUUCUCAGUUCUAAGGAAGCAGUCUUGUAUUCUGAGCAGUGUUCCUGCUAAGCUGCACAGUAACUGAAAUGCUCCCACACACAUCGCAUUUGUUGCUACACAGUUGGAAUUUUCUUUUAUAAAAUGUUAAUAUAAUUUUGAAACCUAUGUUAAUAUAAUUGUGAAAUCCCCUGUAAUUAAUUAUAUUAAUGAAUAUAAUCCAUAAAUUUUAAAAAUAAUAAGCAUACCACAACCUUUAGUUUGAAACAUUUUAGAGCUUCGAUGUAUUUACAUUGUCGGUGUUUCAAGUUACAAAACUUGCAAAUUGUAACAAUGAACACAGAAUGGAAGUCCAUAACUCAUUACUGUAUUAAUAAAGUGCUGUCCUGCUGAAUGCCAGCAUCAUCAAAGUUUAAAAGUUUAUGAAAUGUGAGCAAUUUU